AGAAGCUGAAAUUGGAUGAUCGCAAGGUCCGUUAAGAUCCCUCUACUUCUGUCGAGAUGUUUAAUAAAUUUGUUAAUUGCUUGUGUGGUAACUAUUUGGUGGAUUUGGCGCUCUCUACGCUCGGGAAAAUGUUGAAGAUGAGUAUUCCACCUGAUGUUACAACAUUCAACUUACUCAUCCUUGGGGAGGCUGUUAAGUUGCUGCGCAAUGCUGAACAAGCUGGUUUCCAGCCUGACAGUUUUGCUUACUUCUUAGUCAUUGAGCGCCUUUCCAAGGAUUGCCUCAUAACUGAGGCCUGGAACCUCUUCUCUGAAAUAAAAGGUAAAGGGGUACUCCCAAGUGUUUAUAUUUAUUGCUCGUUGACUCAGGCCAUUUGUAAUUCUGGAAUGUGGGAGGAGGCUUCAUAUCUGUUGGCGGAAAUGGCUGGUAGGGGAAUGGAACCAGAUUAUAUCACUUGGGGUGUGUUGAUAAAAGCAUUGUCCAAGGAUGUGAUUGAAGCAAUGACUCAGCAAGGUGUUGAGCCUAAUGUUUUCAUGUACUAUGCAUUGGUGGAUAAAUAUUGUUGGUGUGAGGAAAUUGAUGAGGCAGGGAAAAACGUUUGAUUCGAUAAUUAACAAGGUUUGUGUAUCCACUACAUCUAAAACAAUACAUGGUUAUGUCGACAUGUUGAUCAAAGGAUGUAAAGCCAAAAGGAUAGAUGAGGCAAUAAAACUUAAUUGUUUAC